AGCAACGCAUUAAAACGUGAUGACGUAUUCUCUGGUAUGAGUAUUAUGGGUUGUCUGGAAUUAAGCAGGCGAACGUGGAGAGAGAAAAUAUAAGCGAGAUAGAAGUAAACAUGGAGCUGUCGGCUGUCGGGGAAAGGGUGUUCGCAGCAGAAUCCAUCAUCAAACGGCGGAUACGGAGAGGUCGAAUGGAAUACCUGGUGAAGUGGAAGGGCUGGUCUCAGAAGUAUAGCACCUGGGAACCAGAGGAAAACAUCCUGGACGCCCGUCUUUUCGCUGCUUUUGAAGAAAGAGAGCGUGAGAGGGAGUUGUUUGGGCCCAAAAAGAGGGGACCGAAACCGGAGACUUUCAUAUUAAAGGCUCAAGCUAAAGCGAAAGCCAAAACGUACGAAUUCAGGAGCGAUAUGACCAGGGGUAUUCGGGUUUCAUAUCCCGUCCCGGAACCGGUCGUUACACCGCGAGCUCGCGAAGGGUUAAGGACCAUAGUACCCACUAUUUUUCCGCCGAGUAGUAUCAACAGAGGGGAGAGCGUGCGGGUCAGACCUCCGGAGCCGGAGCGAGGCCAGCGAUCGAUGGGAACGCCACGGCAGAUCUCAGAAGGAUUCGUCUCGGCGCCCAAGAAGAGGGGACCGAAGCCGAAGCUACGUUUCAAAGACAGUUCUAAUAUCUGCCCAGCCCACGAACCCGGCAAGACGAGUAGGUCAGACGCCCAGGUUAACUUUGGGCCAUCCAAAUUUGCUAAACACGGUCUUCCCGAGGCUGAAAACUCAAAGUUGAGUGUUAUACAACUGCCUCAGAGGCACCACUCGGAUUCUAAUUAUGUCAAAAGGCAGCUAGGAUAUGCACCCAGUGGAGGUACGAUAAACUAUGGCUGUGCUAGUGGGCCCAGCCGAAAAGGCUUGGACUUCCCCCAUGGCAGGACUAAAGAGGGCUCAGGUGGCAUACUGGCUCAGCCCAAACUGCACCUUUCAAAAAGCGCAUUUCAUGGAUCCGACAGCUCUUCACAAAGGGAAAAGCCCGAAAUUCGUGCCAAAAUUCCAGUCGCCAGGAUAUUUGCGGAGCCCUCUGAUGACUCCUGGACCCCGUGUCUGAACAACAUUGAGAAGGUUGUUGUGACGGAUGUGACAUCAAACUUUCUCACUGUGACCAUCAAGGAGAGCAGCACGGAUAAGGGAUUCUUUAAAGAUAAAAGAUGAUCGUUUCAUUUUCGUUUUUUUUUUUUGUUCCUUCCGUUUUUAAAGAACUCAUAUUGAUUUUGUUUCUCAGUUUAAAAAAAAGAGUACAUCCUAACUUAAUCAUUUAACUUCUGAAAUUAAUUUUCUAUUCAACUGUACAUUUAAAUAUCAUGUGAACAUGUGUGUAAUAAAUGUAUAACUUGUAUUUAAUGACCAAAUUAAACCAUGUCCAUAGGCAAUGUAUGCCACGAAUAACUAUUUUUCGUAAAAGAUUGCACGUACCAAAUUAUUUUACCUGUAUGAAACGUUUGUGCUUAAAGAUGAAGUUGCUUUUCAACUGUAGUACUUUUGAUGUGCUUAGGUAGCAGCAAGUAACUUUUGUCUACUUUGUUUAAAUAAACUACAGGUGAGGAAGCUGAUUUCAUUUCACAGAUAUUUUGAUUCUGUGAAACCAAUUCGAACAUUAGUUCGAAUUCAUUGAAAUGAUGUUGGCUGAGCCACACACCUUUUUAAUAGUUCUUUGAAAACCAAUCCCUCUUCAUAUUUUAGGUCUGCAUAUUUCAUUUAUAGAAGAUGUAGAGUGAGUAGUCAUUUUAGGCUAUUGGCAUUACUCUUGUUUUAAGGGAAACAAUAACAUAUGAGGUUACACAAAAGGAAAAAGCUUACUGUGACCUUGUCUAACAUCAUUCAUUCUUUCUUGUCUUUAUUUCCAUAUAAUCCUUGCCUUGAUUUCCCUUGACAUCCAUGUAAUGGAGAAGGUUUUUAUUAAAACAAUAUUACGCAA